AUGGAGGAUGCUGAUAACAGGGAGACCAAUCAUACCAACGGACCACCCGUCUCGCUGGCUAUGGGACGUUAUCAUGGUGUGGGCCUGGGCUCGCCGUUGGACCUGCCGCCCAAACAGGAGACGGACGACGGACGCUCUUCAGUUGAUGAUCGAUCUGGGUCAGUUGCAAAUUCUUCACCUCCUGCAUCAGCUAGGACAGCAUCCGACGUGAGAACGAAGAGUCGCUGCGCCGCCGCGCUGGGGCCCCCAGCGCUGCUGGCCUGCCGCCGCGCCGCCGCCGCGGCGCCCUCCGCCGCCUCCAUGUCGGCCGCCGCCGCCGCCGCCGCCGCCACCGCCGCCGCCGCCGCGCCCCGCCUCGCCGAGCCCACCGCCCUCUACCCGCCCGUGCACGAGACGGUGUACGAGACGGCGGCGCGCCUGCUCUUCAUGGCCGUCAAGUGGGCCAAGAACCUGCCCUCCUUCGCCAGCCUGCCCUUCCGCGACCAGUUUCCAGUGUCAGAAUCGCUGUCAGCUGUUAACUCAGCCUAUGAAAACAAUGAUGCCACGGUGACAGCGGUGGCCCUCUCCAUUCUUCAGCAAACUGUCAGGUUUCAUAAAAGCGGUGGCAUGAAGUAUGGUGACGAGGAGUCUGAUGCACAGCAAACGCGCGGCCUGAAGGACCCGGCGCAGGUGGAGAACCUGCAGGACCAGGCGCAGGUGAUGCUGGGCCAGCACACGCGCGGCCAGCACCCGGGCCAGGCGGCGCGCUUCGGCCGGCUGCUGCUGAUGCUGCCGCUGCUGCGUCACGUGCCCACGGCGCGCGUCGAGCAGAUCUUCUUCCAGCGCACCAUCGGCAGCACGCCCAUGGAGAAGGUGCUCUGCGACAUGUACAAGAACUAGACGGCGGCCGACUCCGCGCCGCCCGCAACCCCCUCACAACGAAGGCCGCCGUCGAUUUGGCCCUGGACGACCCGCACGCUCCGACGUUUCUCAUAGGAACAAACGCAGAUUCCGUGGUCGCAGGGUGAAAGGUCCCAAGUCCGUAACGAAACCGUCUACUUAACACCUUUGACCCUGUGAGCACAGGAUUGUCGACCACUGACUGUUUUCACACGCAUUUCAGCCCCCCUUCAGUAUCGCCAUUGUCACUUGGGUGAUGUGACGGAGUUUCUAAAAAAAUAUGGGUUUAUCUCUGCGAAUUCUUGAUCUCGGUCCUUGAACAAGAUGCUCCAUUUACUGAGAAUCAAUGCUCUGUACUCAUAUAACAGGUCGAGUGAACUCAGGAACUGUCAUGCGUUUUCGACAAAACAGAUAAAUCUUGCAAAACUGACUUUUGAGUCUAGGAUAAGUAGAUAUUCUACCGAUUGGAGAGCUCCACCCAUAUGUUUCUUCGACCGCUAAUUACACAAACCUCAAAUUCAUAUCCAUCAAAUUAUUAUUUCGGCUUGUCAGCAAUGUUUACGCUUCUGAUGUCGAUUAUCUAAGCAUAACGAAAUUGACAAAAUUCCUGGCAUAAAAAUAUGUAAAACUAUUUUGAAACAUUGGUAAUUCUAGUUACCUAAUACCAAAACUGUAAAUAACAGCCCGCCUCCAAAAAUGACCCAAUUCUAUUUCGCAUAGUUCAUUUCAUAAUUAAAAGUUCACGUCUAUUGUUUUAACAUUGAUUUCGUUCUACACGAGUAGAUUUGCCGCGUUCCGGCGCCUGAUUACAAUAUUGUCUUUUUUUACUUUCAUAAGAGCGAGAAAGUAAAAAAAUAAUUUUCUUCAAUUCAAUCUCAAAUUAAGUUUUGGGGAAAGUUUCAAGAUUAACUCAAGAAGCAAUCUGGUCCAAAAGUUCCAGUGAACAUGACUCGCUCAUAAUAUCUCAAACGAUAAAAUGAUGAUCAUUGAACAGUGAAUAGUUUGACCUCUGGAAAUGUUCACUGUGAUAUCCUAUAAUCGUUCACACUCGAUAACUGUGAAAUAUGAAACAUAAAGCACGCUCCUUUUGCCAAGUCGAUGGACUUGUCUCCAAGCAACAAUGUGUGUGAAGUUCGGCCGUGUGACCCCAGCAGUGGCAGCGGAGGCACCGAAGCAACACCGUAAGUUGUUGUAAAUGGCUUGUAAAUAUCCAAAAAUGCGGAAUCUGUAUAGAGCUCUCCCGCGACCACCGCCGCCGUCGCCGUCGCCUAAAUCAGCAGCCUGUCCCUUGAUGUACUUAAAAAAGAAAGGCUUACGUGUGUUCUCCCUAAGGAAUAGCAGAAUGUGUACUGUCAUAAAUUCGAAAUGAUUGAACUUAAGUGUUUCUGCAACGAUUGAUCUUAGGUGCUUCUGCGCAGAAAUGUGGUGAGUGAGGGACUUCCUGUCAUCAGUGUUGUGGCUGUGGAAAUGAACUCGAAGGUGGAAUGUGAAGAUUUUGAAUUUCUAUUGAACAAAUAGAGAUAUCGAGAGAAUGCUUACACAAACUUCGCGAGGAAUUUAUUUAUCCUUUCCAUAAAGUUGAUGUCUUUCUUCUUUAAAUAAAUUGUGUGUGCGUGUUAUAUACUACAUGCAAUCAGUGACUAUGUGUAGUCGUUUCUCACACCCAAUAUUUACUUUUAAAGGUGCAAUGCUACGAGUAAGAAAAUAAUUUACGAUCCAAAAAGUUUCAGACUAACAUUGUAAUUAAUGUAGGCUGUCCUUGUAUUAUGUUAGCUACACAGCUUUAUUUUUCUUUUAAAUGCUACUGUGCUUUUCUUACAUAAUUUAAUUUUCUCUCUCAUACACAAAGCGAAAAUGUUUCUAGUAGCUUGACAGGCGAAAAAGUUUGAUGACAAUAGAACUAUUAUUUGCUAGCAUUGAUAAUUCCGAGUCAUCGAAAUGAAUCAAUAAAAUAAAUUAAGAAAAUUAUUCAGCAGUAAAUAAUUGACAUAAAUGAUACGUUGUAAUUCUAUUAUCUUCCAUUCCGUACUCAUUUUGUAAAUUGGCGGAUUAUAGAGAAUGAAUGGUAUCAUGGAUCCUUUUCUUGUUUUCAUCUUCUAAGGUUCAAAAUUUGUUGUUUUUUAUUCAGCAUUUGUAUGGAUAUAAUCAGCAGUAUCAUUUAUUAAUCCUGAAGUGAUGGGUUCUUUUAUAUUACGUAUGUAAUCACAAUUAUUGUUUUUAAUGGAACGUGAAAACGCAAUGCAGGUUAUAUUGGACUACUCUCAACGAUGUUAAUAAAAAGGAAAAAACUAAGAAUGAAGAAAAUUAUUGAAGGGUAGAACAACAAGCCAUAAUAAUUUGUUAAAAUGUACAUUUUAGAGGGCAAAUAUAGUAAUUAACUAUCAUAAAAUGUAAUAAAAACAAAAGCCGUUAUAACAUGAAAAAAGGUUGUAAUCAAUUAUCCUACUCUGUUCCAGUACUCUCAGUGACAUCGCAUUUCCAACACUAUGCACUUUAUCAGUAAUUUUUAUUGCAGUAAUAAUUUAAGUAAUAAUUUGCAAUAAUUAAUGGUUCUUCGCCAAACGCACAUAACGUUCUCGCACUCGCAGUCUUCAUUUUCAGGUGGAAAUCGGAACGAUAACUGAAGGAGGAGCGCUUGAAAGUGUUUAGUCAGAUUCAUCAAAGUCACAUAUUACUCGCGCAACUUUUCUUGAACGAUGACCUUGAUCCCCCUCCCUUGUG